UGAAUAUUUCAGUGUCUGUAGUAACGACGUCUUAGUUUAAUCAGUAGAGAGAAUCCUUCCGCCCAGAACCGCCAGGUAUUUCAGCUGUUCGGUUCUGAAUGAACCAACACUGAAAACAGGGAACUAGUUGAUAUCGCGGAGGAAGCAGGACCCGUCCAGCUCCAUUAUUUGCGUCGUUUAUAUUUAUUUGUUUUCUUUCAUUUAUAGUUUUGAGAAACUGGAAACAGUAGAUAAAAACCGGUGUGAAAAAUAUUCCUCAAUGAAGAAACAAGAUUCUCCGGACUUCCGGGUAUUUUAUUUGGCUCUGACCCAGCAUUGUUACUCUGACUGGUCUGAUCAUGUUCAUUGGUUUAACCAACAUUAUUUGUUAGCCAGCAACUCUGUGAUUUUGGUUGCUUUGUGCAGGCAGAAGACACGUAAAAGCUAAAUCAGACUAAACUUCUGCUGUUUUAGGUUGAUGACUGAACGUGUCAGAUUUAUUUCUUACUGUCUUCAGAAUCAGAAGUUGACAUUCAUGCCCCAGGAUUCCCGUUGACCUGUAUGACAUCUGGGUCAAACGUUCUGGUUUCCUUCCUCAGGAACAAAAACAUUUUGUCAACCCAAACCCAGAAUGAUUUUAUCACUUUUAAAGAAACUAAUUGGUAAAAUACCAUUUGGUAAUAUCUGCCAUAUGUGCAUUCUGAAUCCAUUUUAAAUGUAAGGGUCAUGGCACUUUACAAGAAGCAAUCCAAUUUAAUCAAAUCAUACAGACAGAGUUUAAGUUGAUCCUAGCUGUUAAACAAUGCAUUAAGUUUGUUUAUUAUUCAGUUUGGUUAAAAGUUUUUCUGACUCGCAGCAUUCACUCCAACUGGAAAUGCAUGUAGCGACAGUGGAGAGGAAAACUCUCCUUUAACUGGAAGAAGCCUGCAGCAGAACUGAGCCUGGUUCAUUAACCGCCUGCCGGGGCUCAUUGGGGUUUAAAAAACAAAGCAGACUCAGAAUUAGGGCUGUCAAAAUAAUCAUACAUAAUCAUGAUAUAAUUGGUACUGGAACAUUAUGUUCAUAUUUGCCCAAAUUGUCGUACUUCUUCCAGCAGCAUCGUUCCAGUAAGAGCAAGCGGAGAUUUUCUGAGGCAGAUGGACAGGAAAUGCUGCAACACUGAUGUUUGGGAAAAACGUAAGAAGGUCUUCCACUGCAUCAUGUCUGUUGCUACCUGUGAAGAACUUCCUGAUCGCCUUCUGAUAACUGGAGACAGAAACUCCAUUCCUGACGACGAGAUGCUAAACGAUUUACAAAUAAAGGAGGAACAGGAAGAAGCAGAACCACAUCAGGCGAGUGAUCCAAACGAGGAACCAGAACCUCAGCCUGAGAAAGCAGAACGUGUUGAAGUGUGGGUCUUUCAGGACGGACAGCUUUCAGUGCAGCAGGAGACCAGCGUCUCUACGGUGACUCCGGCUGAUGGGGAAAAGAUCCACAACGAACCAGAACAGCUGCAGAUUAUAAAGGAGGAAACAGAAUCUGUGGAGAUUAAAGCAGAACCGGAGGAUUUCUUCAACAGUCAGGAUGAAGGUCUACUUGAGGCGAAGCAGGAGCCUGAAACCUCAAUGGUGACUCCAACUCAUGACAACAUUGAUCCAGAACCAAACACCAACCAGCCUGUCCCACUGAGCUCCCCUGAAGAACUGAACCCACAGCAGCAAGGAAGCGACCAGAACACAUAUUGUUGUGACGUGUGCAAAAAAUCUUUCACAGCUCGUAAGAAUUGGAUUUAUCACCUUAAAACCCAUAAAGAGGAAAAGCCUUUCCUAUGUCUAACUUGUGGAAAAGGUUUCAUUUGGAAAUCAGCUUUAACGCUACACCUUAGAACGCACACAGACGAGAAACCGUAUCCCUGUGAACUGUGCGACAAAUCUUUCAGUAAAAAGAGUUAUUUGGCUCGUCACAUAAGGGUUCACGGGGAUGAAAGGCCGUUUCCUUGUGACUUGUGUGGGAGAACAUUUAGACACAGUAGUAAUCUGGCCCAUCACCGUAAAGCUCAUACAACUGACAAACCUUAUUCCUGUGACUUGAAUGACAAACAGUUCAGCGAACAUAGUAGCUUGGCCAACCACCUUACGACUCACACAGACGAGAAACCUUACCCUUGUGAACUGUGUCACAAAUCUUUUAAUAAAAGGAGUUAUUUGGCUCGUCACAUAAGGGUUCACGGGGAUGAGAGGCCGUUUCCUUGUGACUUCUGUGGAAGAACCUUUAGACACAGUAGCAAUCUGGCCCAUCACCGGAGAGCUCACACGGGUAAAAAGGUUUAUUUUUGUGACUUGUGUGACAAACCUUUUAGCAAACAUAGCAGUUUGGCCGAUCAUCUUAAAACUCACACUGAUGAGAAGCUGUAUUCUUGUGAACUGUGUGAUAAAUCUUUCAGUAAAAAGAGGUAUUUGACUCGUCACAGAAGGAUUCACGGAGAUGAGAGGCCAUUUCCUUGUGACUUUUGUGGUAAAACCUUUAGACACAGCAGUAAUUUGGCUCGUCAUCAUAAAGCUCAUGCAGCUGACAAGCAUUAUUCUUGUGACCUUUGUGAGAAACAUUUUAUCGACCAAAAUAGUUUGGCUGAUCACCUUAGAACUCACACAGACGAGUUGGAGUAUCCCUGUGAUCUGUGUGAUAAAUCCUUUUAUAAAAGGAGUUAUUUGGCUCGACACAGUCGGAUUCACGGGGAUGAGAGGCCAUUUCCUUGUGAUUUGUGCGGUAGACACUUUAGACACAGUAGUAAUUUGUCUGAACAUCGUAGAACUCACGCAACUGACGAGCAUUAUUCUUGUGACCUGUGUGACAAACAUUUUAUCAACCAGAGUAGUUUGGCUUGUCACCUUAGAACUCACACAGACGAGAAACCGUAUCCUUGUGAACUGUGUGAUAAAUCCUUUAGUAAAAGAAGUUAUUUGGCUCGACACAGAAGGAUUCACUGGGAUGAGAGGCCAUUUUGUUGUGACUUCUGUGGUAGAACCUUUAAGCACAGUAGUAAUUUGGCUCGUCACCGCAGAGCUCACACAGGUGAGCCUCUUAGCAACCCGAGUUGUUUGGCUCUUCACAAGAAGACUCACAAAGAUAAGAGGCCUUAUUCCUGUAAAUUGUGCAAAAAAUCUUUCAGAAAAAAUAUUGAUUUGAUUCGUCACCUUCACACUCACACAGGUGAGAAGCCAUGUUCUUUGUAGGAAACGUGUCCAGGCCUUUCCUGGUGACGAAAAUUUUGUCGACUGUAGUAAUUUAGCUCUUAAUAAAAACACAAAGAGGAGUUUUUAUUACCGUCUACAAAUUCAAACUGAACUGGUGUCAAACGUUUGUGCGGCGACAUCUUCUUUUUGUGCCGCUAUCGUUUUAAAGAUAUGAAUAAACUUUUCCAGAGGUCAUCAAAGGUCAACCAGUCUUAUGAUGACCUCUGGAAAUAUUUAUUAAUAUCUUUAAAAUACAGCAGCACAACCAAAAAAUGUAGCUGGAAUUAAUUUAGUUUGAAGAAGUUGAGGGAGCAACUUCCUUCAUUCAUGUAAAUUAUACAAGAAAUCUUUCUCAAAUUAUUGACUUCAAACCCAAACAAGUUCCUUGUGAUAAAACCUUCUAGACAACGCGACGGUUCGGCCCGACAGAAAAACUCAGGGUUAAGAAACCUCCAGGUUAUUCAGUUUACUUUAUCAGGUAGCAGUUUACAGCACAUGUAGAGCAGAAACCACAUAUUCAUAUUCAGCAAAUAAAAAGAUGCACAAACAUUUAAUGUUGCUGAAGUUCAAGCAGACCAUACGUCUCUUGUUUUGGGUCCGUUGGAAUCGGCUCAGAUUGAGGACGCUGCUGCUGCAGCCGGUAAACGUGUCAUGAAAAGUGUCCCGUACCGACGGGCUGAGCGGCCGCUCCCAAAGACUGGCCCGGUGCAACUUCUUUGGUUCGGAUAAGAAAGUGUCUCAUCAAUACCUGAUCAGAGCGUUCGGAGUGGAGAUGUCCAACUUAGUGAUGUUAGUAAAACAGAAAUCUCUUCACCACUGUGUCUCUGUUGUAAAUUCCCUGCUUCAGUAGUUACUAACACUGUGUUUAAAUGUCUACAUGUUCUUUGUUUUCAACUAGAGAAUGGUUACUGUGAAUGCACCAAUCAGCUAAAGUAUUAAUUAUAAAUCUUCCUUGUAAAGUUGUGAUAAAAAACAUCAACCAUGUUUUAUCUUUUGCCACUCAGAUCAUCUUCCACAUUCUCCUAACUCGCUGCAGGCAGCGGCGGUAAAAUGUUUCUGCCAAACCAGAGCAGGAGGUUAAAUAUAUCUGAAUAAUUAAAAUCAGGUCUGUAGCUGCAGCCUGGAUGAAAUCCGUUCCUGAAUGAUGAUCAAACUCCAGUCGCUGUCCUGCAGGUUUUAGAUGAGCCAAACGGUUUAAUGACCUCCUCCUUGGGUAGAUCAGUAGAUCAAUAGAUCAGUAG